GCCCCCGCCCACCCCUUUGCUCGCCUCGUUUUGUGUCGGCGACGGGCCGGCACGAUGCGGCUGGGCCCGAGGCCCGCGGCGUUGGGGCUGCUGCUGCUGCUGUACGUCGCGGCGGUCGGCGCCAGUAACGCCGAGGAGCUGCACUACCCGCAGGGCGAGCACCGCGCCGACUACGACCGCGAGGCGCUGCUGGGCGGCCAGGAUGAAGCCGAUGUGUAUGUUAAACUCAACCUGGAAGAGCAACACAAAAGGCUGAAGUCCAUCAUAAAGAAAAUUGACUUGGACUCAGAUGGCUUCCUCACUGAAAAUGAACUCAGUUCAUGGAUUCAGAUGUCCUUUAAACAUUAUGCUAUGCAAGAAGCAAAACAACAGUUUGUUGAAUAUGACAAGAACAGUGAUGAUGUUGUGACUUGGGAUGAAUACAACAUUCAGAUGUAUGAUCGUGUGAUCGACUUUGAUGAGGACACUGCUCUGGAUGAUGUAGAAGAGGAGUCUUUUAGGCAGCUUCAUUUAAAAGACAAGAAACGAUUUGAAAAAGCUAACCAGGAUUCAGGUCCUGGUUUGAAUCUGGAAGAAUUCAUUGCUUUCGAGCAUCCUGAAGAAGUUGAUUAUAUGACGGAAUUUGUCAUUCAAGAGGCUUUAGAAGAACAUGACAAAGAUGGUGAUGGAUUUGUUAGUUUGGAAGAAUUUCUCGGUGAUUACAGGCGAGAUCCAACUGCAACUGAAGAUCCCGAAUGGAUACUUGUUGAGAAAGACAGAUUCGUGAAUGAUUAUGAUAAAGAUAAUGAUGGUAGACUUGAUCCCCAAGAGCUGUUAUCUUGGGUGGUACCCAAUAACCAGGGCAUUGCACAAGAGGAGGCUAUGCAUCUAAUUGAUGAAAUGGAUUUGAAUGGUGACAGAAAGCUCUCGGAAGCAGAGAUUCUAGAAAACGAGGACUUGUUUCUUACCAGUGAAGCUACAGAUUAUGGCCGACAGCUCCAUGAGGAAUAUUUCUAUCAUGAUGAGCUUUAAAUUCCCAGUGUGUGCGAGCAGUAUUCUGACUCCUUUUAUAACUUAACCAGUUUUACUUUUGUGAUAAAAUAUUGAUGUUAUAUUUUACACACUAAGUCUUAUUACUACAUUUAAAAUCACUUUAAUGUAAAUUACAAUUUUGGUCUCUUAG